CACACACACAUAUGUACACAAGAAGAAAAAAACCCCGUACACAAUAAAUAACAAAUAAAAGAGAGAAAAACCGAGAAACUAUUAAUUUGUGCUUAAACGCAAUGUGUCGCCGCAAUAACAUGCGGCAAUAACAAAACAAAACAAAUUGUAUGUAUGUAUAUAAAAAAAAAAAAAUAACACGCAUACACCGAGAGAAGACAACAACAAAACUCGUGACUGACAAAGCUUCGACGCGAGGCAACGCGACGCUCUCUGGCGUGUAAUUUCCCUACAAUUAUCGCACGUCGUCGCUCUCAGCAGCAGAGCACCAACGCCAGCGACGGCAGUGGCAGUGACGUCGACUGCGGCAGUGGGACAGCGGGCGGACAGCACGGGCUUAAGGCCAAUCAACGCAGCAAAUUUUCAAACAGUACAUUUUUUGAAGCUGAACUGAAUCGAGUGGAGCUACUGCUGCUGCUGCAAUAACAACGACGACGACGACGACGGUGACUGAGGUACACACGGUGUUUUAUUUGUAGUAGCGCUGUAUCUAAAGCGGGCCGCUCGCUUAAUUUGCACUCCAGUGAUAACUGACAGCAGCAGCCAGCAACAACAAUGAUGCAGCAGUGGCUAGAAAAACUUUCGCAUCGGCUGUUGCCAUUGAUGCUAAUGACAACGUUGGUGGCGACGCUGCUCGUCCAGGGCUAUGUCAUCAAGGAGGACGAAAGCUUUCUGCAGCUGCCACACUACAGCAGCCAGGAGCAGCUCGAGGAUCUGUUUGCCCGGCUCGAGAAGGCAUAUCCGGAUCAGGCGCGUGUCCACAGCAUUGGCCGUUCGCUGGAGGGACGCAAUCUGUUAGCGCUGCAGAUCUCGCAGAGCACAAGGCAGCGGGCGCUGUUGACGCCGCCAGUGAAAUACAUUGCCAACAUGCACGGCGAUGAGACAGUGGGGCGACAGCUGCUUGUCUAUUUGGCCCAGUAUCUGCUGGGCAACUAUGAACGGAGCACCGAGGUGGCCCAGCUGGUGAACAGCACCGAUAUCUAUUUGAUGCCCACCAUGAAUCCUGACGGUUAUGCUCUCUCCCAGGAGGGCAAUUGCGAAUCGCUGCCAAAUUAUGUGGGACGCGGCAACGCCGUUGGCGUGGACUUGAAUCGCGAUUUCCCUGAUCGUCUGGAUCAGCAGCAUGUCAAUCAUUUGCGUUCACAGUCGCGUCAGCCGGAAACCGCCGCCUUGGCCGAAUGGAUUGUGAGCAAACCAUUUGUGCUAUCUGCCAAUUUCCAUGGCGGGGCUGUCGUCGCCAGCUAUCCCUACGAUAACUCUCUAGCGCACAACGACUGCUGCGAAGAGAGUCUCACACCGGAUGAUCGCGUGUUCAAGCAAAUGGCGCACACGUAUUCGGACAAUCAUCCGAUCAUGCGACGUGGCAACAACUGCAACGACACCUUUGCCGGCGGCAUAACCAACGGUGCCAAUUGGUAUGAGCUCUCUGGCGGCAUGCAGGACUUUAACUAUGCAUUCAGCAAUUGCUUCGAGCUGACCAUCGAGUUGUCGUGCUGCAAAUUCCCAGCGGCCAGCACUUUGCCCACGGAAUGGGCGCGCAACAAGCGUCCGCUGAUAGAGUUGCUGAAGCAGGCGCACAUUGGCAUCAAGGGUCUGGUGCAGGAUGCCAGCGGUUACCCCAUUGCGGAUGCCACCAUUGUUGUCUCCGGUCUCGAGGAUAAGCCUAUCCGCACCUCCAAGCGUGGCGAAUACUGGCGCCUGCUCACCCCAGGCAUCUACAGUGUCUAUGCGGCGGCCUUUGGCUAUCAAUCGAGCGCCCCCCAGGAGCUGCAUGUAACCAAUGACAAUGCGGAGGCAAUGCGCGUCGACUUCAAGCUGUCGCCCGUUGAGACCAAUUAUGAUGGCAACUUUCGCAAACAGAAAGUGGAACGCGCCGAGCCACCGGAGCAGCUUAAGCAGAAAUUCGAUGGCUUCCUCACGCCCACGCCCUUCGAGCAUCACAACUAUGUGGCCAUGGAGAGCUUCUUGAGGAACUUGACCGCCAGUUACCCCUCGCUGACCCGCCUCUAUAGCAUUGGCAAGAGCGUGCAGGAUCGCGAUCUCUGGGUGAUGGAGAUAUCCACCACCCCGGGCACACAUGUGCCGGGCGUGCCGGAGUUCAAGUAUGUGGCCAAUAUGCACGGCAACGAGGUGGUUGGCAAGGAGAUGCUCCUGUUGCUGACCAAGUAUCUGCUGGAGCGCUACGAGAACGAUGAGCGUGUGACGCGUCUGGUGAAUGGCACACGGAUGCACUUCUUGUACAGCAUGAAUCCCGAUGGCUAUGAGAUAUCGCGGGAGGGCGAUCGCACCAGCGCCUUGGGUCGCGCCAACGCCCACAACGUGGACUUGAAUCGCAAUUUCCCGGAUCAAUAUGGCACCGAUAAGUUCAAUAAGGUCACCGAACCCGAGGUGGCUGCUGUGAUGAACUGGACGCUCUCGCUGCCGUUUGUGCUGUCGGCCAAUCUGCAUGGCGGCUCUUUGGUGGCCAACUAUCCGUUCGACGACAACGAGAACGACUUCAAUGAUCCGUACUCGCGUCUGCGCGACUCCAGCAUCAGUGGCCGCAAGCUGAAUCCCACCGAGGACAACGAACUGUUCCGCCAUCUCGCUCUGGUCUAUUCCCGUGCCCAUCCCACCAUGCAUCUGGGCCAGCCGUGUGCGCUCUUCAAGAACGAGCUCUUCACCGAUGGCAUCACGAAUGGCGCUCAGUGGUACAGUGUCACCGGCGGCAUGCAGGAUUGGAAUUAUGUGCGCGCCGGUUGCAUGGAGCUGACUAUCGAGAUGGGCUGCGACAAGUUUCCCGAGGCCAAGGAUCUGCCCCAGUACUGGCAAGACAAUCGUGAGCCGCUGCUGCAGCUCAUCGAGCAGGUGCACCAUGGUGUCCACGGCUUUGUCCGCAGUUCCAUUGGCACACCAAUAGCUGGCGCUGCCGUCGGAUUAAAUGGCGGCAAUCAGUCGACGUACAGCGGCACCUUCGGCGACUACUGGAAACUGACGCUGCCGGGACGCCACAAUGUCACCGUUCUGGCCGAUGGCUUUGCCCCGCUACGAGUGGAGGUCGAAGUGCCCGACGCGGAGCCCUUCGGCAUGCGACUGGAUGUGACGGUGAUGCGCGACGAUCCGCAGCACUGGGCGUCGGCCAACGACUUUCGCAUCAUCGAGAAUGUGGUGAACACCCGAUACCACACGAACGCUGAGGUGCGCAACCGUCUGGCCGAGCUCGAGAAUCAGAAUCCGCAGAUUGCCAGCUUCGGGUAUGCGGACAACGAGUUCAGUCGCCACUUCAACUACAUCAAGCUGACCUCGAAUAUUGGCGAACCGGAGGAACACAAGUACAAGCUUCUGGUGAUGAGUUCGCUGUACGAUACAACAGCGCCGCUGGGCAGAGAGAUUAUGCUGAACCUGGUGCGCCACCUGAUCGAGGGACACAAGCUACAGGACUCGACUGUGGUGCAGCUUCUGGAGCGCAGCGUCAUCUAUUUCCUGCCGCAAACGGAGAAAUUCAUGUCGAUCUUCAGCAUGUACAACGCCAACAAUUCUGUGUGCGACCCCGUGGUGUCCGAUGAGCUGGCCGAGCGCAUUCUGAGCCCCGAGACGGAAGCAUCGCGGGAUCUGUUGCUGCAGUUCUUGCGCAACGAGCACUUUGAUCUAAUGCUGACAUUCAGUGCCGGCAGCUCGGAGCUCAGCUAUCCCAAGGGCGACUCCAUACUGGAGAAGCUCGCGCACAGCAUACAGCGCACCGAGUUCAAUUACUCGCCGCUGCAGUGCAGCAGCUCGGCCACCAGGCAACUCCAUCGCGAGACCACCGAUCGCCUUACCAAUCUGAUGUACAAACUCUACAAGAUUCCCAUGUAUACGUUGGGGUUGUCCUGCUGUCGCAUGCCGGCGCACAGUCAAAUCGCCUCCGUUUGGCGCACCAACAUCGAGAAGAUCAAGAACUUUUUGGGCCUAGUCCAGACGGGCAUCAGUGGCCUGGUGCAGAACGACAAGGGACAGCCGCUGCGCGAGGCCUUUGUCCGACUGUUGGAGCACGAGGGCAUCUACAACGUGUCGCGCAACGAGGCGCGCUUCCAGCUGAUGCUCCCCAAGGGCCUCUACGGCCUGGAGGUGAGUGCGCCUAACCACGAGUCGCAGAUCAUCAAGACAACGGUGCAGUCUGGCCAGCUCAUCGACUUGGGUGCCAUUAAGCUGCACGCCUUCAGCCUGAUCCGUGGCGAGGUCACCGAACUGAAUGGCGCUAACGGCAGCGGCAGCAGCAGCAGCGGUAUGACCAGCAUCACUGGCAUUGUGCUCGACGACGGCAAUCAUCCCAUACGUAAUGCCAAGAUCUCGGUCAUCCAUCCGGCGGGUCUGACGCGUCUGCGCAACUUUACCAACAGCAUGGGUGAAUAUUAUCUGCGCUCGGUGCCCGUCGGCGCGGUGACGCUCAAGGUGGAGGCACCGCGACACUUUGAGGCCACCCGGGACAUUCGUUUGCCUCAGGCUGGACAGCCCACCGAGAACGUUGUCUUCCACCUCAAGUUCAAUGCCCGCGUCUUUGGCCUACCCCGUUUCGUGUUCAUCCUUGUGGCCAGCGUGCUCAUCAUUGUGGGCGUCGUCAUCUGUGUGCUGUGCGCACAGUUCUGGUUCUAUCGUCGCCAUCGCGGCAAGAUGCCCUACUACGACUUUUCCCUCUUACCGCAGAAGGGCAAGGAGCAGUUCGAGCUGGACGAGGAUGCUGGGGACGAUGGCGAAACGGAGCUCUUUCGCUCCCCCAUAAAGCGUGGCAUGACCAUUCAGCCGUACUUCGACGAGGAGCAGCUGGAGCACAUUUUGCAUACGGAUGAUGAGGAUGACGAGAACGAAGUGGUGAUGGAUAUGGCGCCAGAGCUGGAGCUGGAUGUGGCCGAUGAAAGCGGCGAUGAGAUUGUCAUGUUGCACAAUCACAAGAAUCGCCGCAAGCAUUGAGAAGCCCAACAACAUUCAAGGACAACAACAACAACAAAAAACAGAGUUAUAACAACAACACAACAUAACUGUGAUUCCAAACGUUUUCAGCAAACCAAUCGCUCUUUAUAUCAUAUUUAUCCACAUUUUAAUUUUUUUUCUAGUUAAUAUAGAUAUAUGUAUGUAUGUUUUUUUUUUUUGCUUGCUAUGUACAUACACGUCGGCAUACAUACAUAUGGGAUCUUCAGCUUUAUAUGGAAUCUCCGAUCAGAUAUUGUACAUAUGUAUGUAUGUGCUGUCCAACACCGUAACUGUAACUACUCUUAAGACUGAGCAUUUUAAACUAAAAAAAAAGAAAAGAAAAACACAAAAUCAAAAAGUAAGAAAAAAAGA